CGGGCCGGGAGGGAGGGAGGGAGGGCGCGCGGGCGGCGGCGGCGGCGGCGGCGAGAGCAGAGGACGAGCCGGGACGCGGCGCCGCGGCACUAGGGCGCGCAGCCGGGCCGGCCCGACCCCACCGGCCACACGGUGGAGCCGCGGGAAGCCCAGCCCCACAGACAGCCUGAGGCCGCGUUUCACCCUCCGCGCCGGGAUCUAUGUUUAAGUUUUAACUCUUGCUUACCAAGACCACGAUAAUUCCUUCCCCAGAGGCCAGCAGCCCCCCAGCCCCGCGCAGCCCCAGCCUGCCUCCCACCGCCCAGCUGCCCGCGAUGCCCGCCAGCGGCCCCGGGGACGCCAGCGGCCCCGCUCCGGAGCGGGGGGAGGAGGAGCGCAAGGAGGGAGAGGAGCAGGAGGAGGCCCGUGGCAAGGAGGAGCGGCAGGAGCCCAGCACAGCUGCCCGGAAGGUGGGGCGGCCUGGGAGGAAGCGCAAGCACCCUCCGGUGGAAAGCAGUGACACGCCGAAGGACCCCGCCGUGACCUCCAAGUCCCCGUCCAUGGCCCAAGACUCAGGCCCCUCAGAGCUGUUACCCAACGGGGACUUGGAGAAGCGGAGUGAGCCCCAGCCAGAGGAGGGGAGCCCUGCUGGGGGGCAGAAGGGCGGGGCCCCAGCAGAGGGAGAGGGUGCCGCUGAGACCCCGCCCGAAGCCUCCAGAGCCGUGGAGAAUGGCUGCUGCACCCCCAAGGAUGGCCGGGGAGCCCCUGCAGAAGAGGGCAAAGAACAGAAGGAGACCAACAUCGAAUCCAUGAAAAUGGAGGGCUCCCGGGGCCGGCUGCGGGGUGGCCUGGGCUGGGAGUCCAGCCUCCGCCAGCGGCCCAUGCCGCGGCUCACCUUCCAGGCGGGGGACCCCUACUACAUCAGCAAGCGCAAGCGGGACGAGUGGCUGGCACGCUGGAAAAGGGAGGCUGAGAAGAAAGCCAAGGUGAUUGCAGUAAUGAAUGCUGUCGAAGAAAACCAGGGGUCCACCGAGUCUCAGAAGGUGGAGGAGGCCAGUCCUCCUGCUGUGCAGCAGCCCACCGACCCCGCAUCCCCCACUGUGGCCACCACGCCUGAGCCCGUGGGGGCUGACGCUGGGGACAAGAACGCCGCCAAAGCAGCUGAUGAUGAACCGGAGUACGAGGACGGCCGGGGCUUUGGCAUUGGGGAGCUGGUGUGGGGGAAACUGCGGGGCUUCUCCUGGUGGCCAGGCCGCAUUGUGUCUUGGUGGAUGACGGGCCGGAGCCGAGCAGCAGAAGGCACCCGUUGGGUCAUGUGGUUCGGAGAUGGCAAGUUCUCAGUGGUGUGUGUGGAGAAGCUGAUGCCGCUGAGCUCCUUCUGCAGCGCCUUCCACCAGGCCACCUACAACAAGCAGCCCAUGUACCGCAAGGCCAUCUACGAAGUACUGCAGGUGGCCAGCAGCCGAGCGGGGAAGCUAUUCCCGAUGUGCCACGACAACGACGAGAGCGACACUGCCAAGGCCGUGGAGGUGCAGAACAAACAGAUGAUCGAGUGGGCCCUGGGAGGGUUCCAGCCCUCUGGCCCCAAGGGCCUGGAGCCCCCAGAAGAGGAGAAGAACCCCUACAAAGAAGUUUACACAGACAUGUGGGUUGAACCCGAGGCAGCUGCUUAUGCACCGCCCCCACCAGCCAAAAAGCCCCGAAAGAGCACAACUGAAAAGCCCAAGGUCAAGGAGAUAAUUGAUGAACGCACAAGAGAGCGGCUGGUGUACGAGGUGCGGCAGAAGUGCCGGAACAUCGAGGACAUUUGCAUCUCUUGUGGAAGCCUCAACGUCACCCUGGAACACCCUCUUUUCAUCGGAGGAAUGUGCCAAAACUGCAAGAACUGCUUCCUGGAGUGCGCGUACCAGUACGAUGAUGACGGCUAUCAGUCCUACUGCACCAUCUGCUGCGGGGGGCGCGAGGUGCUCAUGUGCGGGAACAACAAUUGCUGCAGGUGCUUUUGCGUUGAGUGUGUGGAUCUCUUGGUGGGGCCGGGAGCUGCGCAGGCGGCCAUUAAGGAAGACCCCUGGAACUGCUACAUGUGCGGGCACAAGGGCACCUACGGGCUGCUGCGGCGGCGAGAAGACUGGCCCUCUCGGCUCCAGAUGUUCUUCGCCAAUAACCACGACCAGGAAUUCGACCCUCCGAAGGUUUACCCACCUGUCCCAGCUGAGAAGAGGAAGCCCAUCCGGGUGCUGUCCCUGUUUGAUGGAAUCGCUACAGGGCUUCUGGUGCUGAAGGACUUGGGCAUUCAGGUGGAUCGCUACAUCGCUUCCGAGGUGUGCGAGGACUCCAUCACGGUGGGCAUGGUGCGGCACCAAGGGAAGAUCAUGUACGUCGGGGACGUCCGCAGCGUCACGCAGAAGCAUAUCCAGGAGUGGGGCCCGUUCGAUCUGGUGAUUGGGGGCAGUCCCUGCAAUGAUCUCUCCAUCGUCAACCCUGCCCGCAAGGGACUCUACGAGGGCACUGGCCGGCUCUUCUUUGAGUUCUACCGCCUCCUGCAUGAUGCGCGGCCCAAGGAGGGAGAUGAUCGCCCCUUCUUCUGGCUCUUUGAGAAUGUGGUGGCCAUGGGCGUUAGUGACAAGAGGGACAUCUCGCGAUUUCUCGAGUCCAACCCUGUGAUGAUUGAUGCCAAAGAAGUGUCAGCUGCACACAGGGCCCGCUACUUCUGGGGGAACCUUCCUGGUAUGAACAGGCCGUUGGCAUCCACUGUGAAUGAUAAGCUGGAGCUGCAGGAGUGUCUGGAGCACGGCAGAAUAGCCAAGUUCAGCAAAGUGAGGACCAUUACUACUAGGUCGAACUCCAUAAAGCAGGGCAAAGACCAGCAUUUCCCCGUCUUCAUGAAUGAGAAAGAGGACAUCUUAUGGUGCACUGAAAUGGAAAGGGUGUUUGGCUUCCCUGUCCACUAUACCGACGUCUCCAACAUGAGCCGCUUGGCGAGGCAGAGACUGCUGGGCCGGUCGUGGAGCGUGCCUGUCAUCCGCCACCUCUUCGCUCCGCUGAAGGAAUAUUUUGCUUGUGUGUAAGGGACGUGAGGGCAAACCGAGGUAGUGACACAAGGUUAAACAAACAAACAAAAAACACAAAACACAACAAAAUACCAAGAACGUGAGGAUGGAGAGAAGUAUCAGCACCCAGAAGAGGAAAAGGAAUUUAAAACAAAAAAAAAACCCCACAGAGGCAGAAAUACCGGAAGGCUUUGCCUUGUAAAAAGGGUUGGACAUCAUCUCCUGAUUUUUCAAUGUUAAUCUUCAGUCCUAUUUAAAAACAAAACCAAGCUCCCUCCCCACCCUCCCACCCCCUUUUUUUCGGUCAAACCUUUUGUUUUCUACUCUUUUCAGAGGGGUUUUCUGUUUGUUUGGGUUUUUGUUUCUUGCUGUGACUGAAACAAGAGGGUUUAUUGCAGCAAAAAAAAAAAUCAGUAACAAAAAAUAGUAACAUACCUUGCAGAGGAAAGAUGGGAGAGAAGGAAAGAAGGAAAUUCUAUAGAAAUCUAUAUAUUGGGGUUUUUUUGUUUUUUUGUUUUUUUUGUUUUUUUACUAUAUACCUUUUUUUUUUGUUGUUGUCUCUAGCCUGAUCAGAUAGGAGCACAAGCAGAGGACAGAAAAUAGACACUCAGGCGGCAGAGUUCCCUCCCAGCCACUGAGCUGUCUUGCCAGCACCAUUCCUGGUCAUGCAAAACACAACCCAACUAGCAGCAGAGAGACGAGAACACCACACAAGACCCUUUUAUACAGUAUUCAGGUGCCUACCACACAGGAAACCUUGAAGAAAAUCAGUUUCUAGAAGCCGCUGUUACCUCUUGUUUACAGUUUAUAUAUAUAUGAUAGAUAUGAGAUAUAUAUAUAAAAGGUACUGUUAACUACUGUACAACCCGACUUCAUAAUGGUGCUUUACAACAGCGAGAUGAGUAAAAACAUCAGCUUCCACGUUGCCUUAUGUGCAAAGGGUUUUAACCAAGGAUGGAGAAAGGGAGACAGCUUGGAGGUGAACCGUUACCGUGGUGGGGUUUUUUUAUUUCCCCUUGGUGUUUAACAAGGUGAAGGAGGAGAAUUUGGGAACAGCAUUCUCCCGUUUCUCCCUGCCAAAAAAGGGGGUGAAAUUCAGUGGUCGGGACCGUGGAAAGCUGAGAGUGGGAUCCAUCCAGGCUCAUGAGAUAACCUUUUGAUUUUUUUUGAAAAGGAGACUCCCUCGGCAAGAUGGCAGGAUGAGGGGUCUUCAUUCCCAAUUUCUCACAUUAGCCGAUUCGAGGGCUCCUUGCGGUGGGGUCAGAAAAAAUCCAGAGUGCGGGCAAGUGACAGUUCAGACCCCACCUGGAGCAAAUAAAAAAACAUACAAAACGUA